UAUUUUUGUAUGUUUGAGCACAGUUUUUGUUUACAUUUAGCACAUAAAAGCGAAUUCAAAUGUUUUGUGAGAAAAAUAAUGAUUUACGUGAUUUGGUAGCCAAACAUCCUGGCCUCCAAGUAAAGCACAUCAAAAAUAAAGCCUAUGUUAUUAGUGGAGUCGUCUUCAUAAAUGAAAAGUGGUUAAGAUUGAAAUUGUAUUUGCCGCAUUUUCCAGAGCUGCGCGACUUUCAAGUGCAUCUGCAGCAGCAACUGGAAUACAAACUCUACAACCAUGCCAAUCUUAAGGUGCAGUCGGACUCCAGUCUGGAGGAUUUGCUAGUGCAGCUGGCCAAAAUGCUGCCGGCGCCAACUGUAGUGGACAACGCCCAAAGCAAGCAACAAAAUAUCUAUGCUGAGAUUCUAAACCUGCACAAACCUCAAGAGUAUCGACUGCAGUUAGAUGAUCGCUGCUCCCGAAUUCGGUUCAGCAAUUUUGCGGAUUAUGAUGCGCAUUAUCUGGAGCUGGAGUUGCCAUCUUUGCGUCCUUUGGAGCACAGCCUACCCGACUGUGUUUCCCUUGGCGAGAUGCUGGCAACAAGUGCCCGCUCACUAGGAGAUGCCUUGGCUCUAUAUCUAAGGCUGCUAGAUGAGCUACGUCCCUUCUACGACAGCUUGGCGGACAUUGAUGAACUGUGUGAUGUGUUGGAGCCAUCACCCAUUACCACAAAGCACAAUAGUCGCGUCUUUCCGCUCAAGGACCGUGUCUAUUUGAAGCUCACCAUCGCUGAUCCUUUUGCCAGCUACGGUUCCAUGGCGCUGCAGAUUAUUGGACCCACUGAGGAAGUGGCACAAUUGCGACACGUGCUGAGCGAUGGACUCGGCAGCUGGGACAUGGAACUGGACAUGCAUAAGAAUCUCUUGCGCAUCUUUGAUUUGUGCUACUUUCCCAUGCGCGGUGAUCUUGGCCAGAUGCAGGCGGCGAGUGAGGAGGAGCAGCAUUGCAAUAUUUGCUAUGUCUAUCGCUUGGAUACGGGCGAAGUGCCUCUUGUCUCCUGCGACAAUUCGCGCUGCGUGCUCAAGUGUCAUGCUGUAUGUUUAAAGGAAUGGUUUGAUACGUUGAUCGAUGGCAAAACAUUUCUGGAGGUCUCAUUUGGCCUCUGUCCGUUCUGCAAGGCGAAAUUAUCUACCUCAUUUGCUGCCUUAUUGAAAACUUGAAUGUCCUCAAUAACUAAACAAUAUUGUCGGCAACAAAAUGAAAUCCAUUAGAGAGUAUCAAUUUUAAAUUAUCUACCUCAAAAAACUCAAGCUGAAUCCUUGAA